AUGCAGGACCCUCGCCUCCUGCGCUCUCGCCUCACAGUGGACUGGCUUGUGCUCGUUGCCGAGACUCGCAGGCAGUGCAUGGCCUCCGCCCCGCUGCACUCCCUGCGGGACCUGCAGGAGGGUGUGUGCAGGGACCUGCAGGAGGGUGUGGGGGAGGAGGAGGAGGAAAGGGGCAGCAGCGAUCCAGGGACUGGCGGCAGGUGGGAGACUCAGGAGGACGAGGAGGACGACGAGGACGAUUGGGAGGAUAUUCAAGAGCGAAGGGAUGGAGGACAGAGGAGAGGGGGGAGAGGCAGUGGUAGGGGAGUGGAAGGGAGAGGAGGAAGAGGAAGCAGAGGAGGGAGAGGGGGAAACAGGGCGAUGCGAGGAAGAGGGGGGAGCAGCAGGGGGAGAGGGCGAGGUGGAGGGAGGGGAGGGGUGAAGAGGCCGUUAGAGGCUCUUGCCCGCGCCAACCUUCCCAAUCUCAUCUUUGCCAAGAUACCUGUGCGGCGCCUUUGCCUUUACCCCAAGGCCCUUCCGAGCGCUGCAGCCACCACAGGAGGUGGCGCUGCGGGUGGAGGGCGCCCUUAUCUUCACCCCAAGCCCCUUCAGAGCGCUGCAGGCACAGCAGGAGUGGUGCUGCGAUGCGAGUGGAGGUGCUUCAAGGGGUUGCCUUCCUUAAAGCCCUCGCACACCCCCUGCUCCCUUCCACUCACCACCCCCUCCACAUACAAUCUAUUUCCUUCAGGGCGCCUUUGCCUUCACCCCAGGGCCCUUCAGAGCGCUGCAGGCACAGCAGGAGGUGGUGCUGGGAGUGGAGUGGAGGGCGCCUUUGCAUUCACCCCAGGGCUUUCCAGAGUGCUGCAGCCACAGCAAGAGGUGGUGCUGCGGGUGGAAGUUUUACAACAGGAGAAGCGGCAGCUUAAAGGGCAAGAGUUCCUAGUGCUGGGCAGCCAGCCGCUCACAGCCUUGAGGGACCGCAUCUACUGCCUCCAGGACAGGAUCGCGAGGGAGCAUGGCAAGUCGGUGCCGUCUGGGUGCUUCUGUAUCGAGUGCAGGGAUGGGAUUGCAAUGGAGGAUGGCAAGGCGGUGCUGUUUGGCAAGGCGGAGCUGUUUGAGGAGAGUGAUGGGAGGGAGAUAGGAGAUCUUUGGAAAGGGGGGAGAGUGAAGGGGGAAGUGCGGGGACAGGAUCGCGAGGGAACACGGCACGACGUUUUCUAUGAUGACAUGCGGCAGCCCAGUGCAGUGCGGUACAGUGCGGUGAUCGUCAAGUGGAACAGGGAGAAGCGGGCGGCAUGGUCAAUGCUGGACGAGAGGGAGCGCCGCCGCCACACCCCCCUCGCCCGCCUGCCCCUGCCCGCGCCCGUGCGCGGCAUGGCACUGGGUGGCAUAGGAUCAAUGGGACCAAUGGGAUCUAUGGGAACCAGCCACACGUUUCAAGAGGAUGGGGACCGUUUCGGUCAGCAGCAGCACGAGCAUCAGCAGUACCACCAGGUGCAUCACCAUCAGCAGCAGCAGAGGGUGCGGCUGAGUCUAGGGGACGCCCCUCCCCCGGAGUACUCGUCUGCACGAAUGGAAACGACCCGGUUCAGAGACCUCACUGUGCGGCCAGGGGCUCUUUAUGUGUACAUGCACCAGGGUGCAUGCAAGCAUGCCUUUCGCAUCACUGACAUUCGCCUGCUGCACCCUCUGGACGCCCUCAAUGCCUCCGAAUACCCCCUUCUCUCGCACGAGCCACGCUGCUACCUGCGCCGCUGCAGUGUGUGCGAUGUGAACGCAAGCACACGAGUGGUGUACCAUGAUAAAUUGCUCGCUGUUGACCCGUCCUUUCUGUGUGAGCAGUGUUACCACCUGUUACAUUAUGAUGAGGAGGGCAAUCUGUUGUAUAGUGAUUUCCAAGUGUACAAUUACUAUCAUGAAUAA